GAGGGGAAAUAUUUGGAACACAAGGUUUUGCAAAGAUGGAGAGAUGAGGCUCAAAAUGAAGGAGACUACCGCCAAGCUGAGCAUUUCUGUGGAACAAUCACACCACCAGGGAUUCAUGAAUGAUGGUUGCCACAACCUCAAUUUGAGAGGAAUCGGUGAUUCUGAUAUCAAGCUAAGGAAAAACCAAAACAAUCACUGUGAAUUUGAUAAAGAUGGAAAGAGUUUCAGACAAUGUUUAAUACUAAUUCGCUGCAAGAAAAGGACCUCAGGGAAUGAAUGCUCUCAAAGUAGUAAACAUAGGGAAUGCUUUACUGAACAGGUGGAUCUUGUUGAGUCUCAUGGGAAGCCUUCUGAAGUGCAAACUUACCAGUGUAAUCAAUGUGAGAGAACCUUCAGCUUGAAAUCAGAUUUAAUUAGACAUAAGAAAAGUCUUGGUAGAGGGAAUGAAGGUGAUAAAACGUUUAAUUGUAAUUCAGAGCUCAUUGACCAUCAGAAAAUUCAAAAUGGAAAAAAAUAUUAUGAAUGUAAUGAAUGUGGUAAAGCUUUUAAGGGACAAUCAUUCCUUAUUCGACAUCAGAAAUGUCAUACUAGUGAAAAACUACACAAAUGUUUGCAAUGCGGAAAGACCUUCAGGCAACAGUCAUCCCUUAUUUCUCAUCAGAGGAUUCACACUAGAGAGAAAUCUUGUGAGGAUCAUGAGGGUGGUAAAGGUUUUAGUGAAAACUCAUCCCUUAUUGUACAUCAGAGAAGCCCCACUGGAAAGAAACCUUAUGAAUGUAAUCAUUGUGAAAAGACUUUCAGACAGCGCUCCCAUCUUACUCAUCAUCAGAGAAUGCACAAUGUGGAGAAGCAUUAUGAAUGUAAUCAAUGUAGAAAGACUUUCAGCUGCAGUUCUAAUCUUACAAAACAUCAGAGGAUCCACACUGGAGAGAAACCUUAUAAAUGUAGUCAAUGUGGAAAAGCUUUCAGGUGCAGUUCUAGUCUUAGUAAACAUCAGAGAAUCCACACUGGAGAGAAACCUUAUAAAUGUAAUCAAUGUGGAAAGACUUUUGGAAGAAGUUCCAAUCUGUCCGUACAUCAGAAAACCCAUACUGGAGAGAAGCCUUAUGAAUGUAAUCAAUGUGGAAAGACUUUUCGACAACAUUAUAAUCUUUUGGAACAUGAGAGAAUUCAUUCUGGAGAGAAGCCUUAUGAAUGUAAUCAAUGUGGAAAGACUUUCAGAUGCAGCUCCAUUCUUGCUAUACAUCGGAGAGUCCACACUGGAGAAAAACGUUAUGAAUGUAAUCAAUGUGGAAAGGCUUUUAGAAGGAGCUCUGGACUUGCUAUCCAUCAGAGGAUUCACACUGGAGAGAAGCCUUAUGAAUGUAAGCAAUGUGGAAAGCCUUUCAGAUGCAGUUCUAGUCUUGCUGAUCAUCAAAUAAUCCACACUGGGGAGAAACCUUAUGAUUGUAAUCAAUGUGGAAAGACUUUCAGAGGCAGGUCUGGUCUUGCUAAACAUCAGAGACUUCACACUGGAGAAAAAUCCUAAGAGUAUGUUAAAUGUGGAAAAUGUUUCAGAGAGAAAUAGAUGUAUCUCCAAUCUUGCUGAAUAUCAAAGAAUCCAUAUUGGAAAGAAACUAUGAAAGUAAUCAAUGUGGAAAAACUUUCAGAUUCAACUCCAAAUUUGCUCAACAUCAGAGAGUCUACACUGCAGAAUUACCUUAUAAAUUUAAUUAAUAUGAAAAGGCUUUCAGAAGGAGGUUCAAUUUUGCUGAUCAUCAGAUAAUUUAUACUGGAGAGAAAUCUUAUAAUUGUAAUCAAUGUGGAAAGACUUUCAGAGGCAAGUUUGGUCUUAUUAAACAUCAGGGAAUCUGCACUGGAGAAAUGUCUUAAGAAUAUGUUCAAUGUAGACAACCUUUCAGAGAAAGAAAAAGAGAGUUCCAAUCCUGCUGUCCUGGAGAGAAAGCUUAUGAAUGUAAUCAUUAUGGAAAGAUGCAGCACUAGUUUUGUUGACCAUGAAUGUAAUCAAUGUGGAAAGUCUUUUAAAUGAAGCUUCACAGUGGAGAAAUGUUAUGACUAAUCUAUGGGAAAAGACUUUUAGACAUAGCUCCAGUCUCACUCUACAUCAGAGAAUUCACACUGGAGAGAAAUCUUAUGAAUGUAAUCUAUGAGGUCGAACUUGUAGCCACUGUCAUCCUUUCUUUGCUAUCUAACAAUUCAUAAAAGAUAAAAAUCUUAUCACUGUAAUAAAUGAGAAAGGAAUAUAGAGGUUGUUAGACAUCAGAUAUUCUGGGUCCAGGCUGUAGGAAGACUUUCAGCCAGAAAUCAUCUGUAGUAGUGGUGAGAAACCUUACAUAUUUGCUCAAUUUAGACAUGGUUUUUGCUAGAAGAGGGAGAACCCUAGAUGUCAUAAUAUGCACACUGGGAAAAAAAGGCUUAUUAAAAACAAUGAUUAUGAGAGAUCUUUUAUAUAGAACUCAUAUUUGACUGUACUUUAGAGAAAUUAUACUGAAGGUAAAACAUAGGGAUCUGAUUAACAAGGGAAGACAUCUUGUUUCAGAAGCACACACAUAAGUAGAAAACUCAAAUUUCAUGCUGCGCAUUGAGCCCUAUAAAUUUAAUGAUUUUUUCUCAGAAAUAUUGUUUUUUGUACUCAGUAAUGUCCAUGGCAUUCAUAUACCAUAAUUUCAUCAUCCUUUCCCCAAUCGAUUAAUUUUUACCUGUUUCCUAUACUUUGUUGACAUGAAACAUUCUGGUGUAUUUUGUUAACCUUUGGACAUUUAUUUCUGAUUUCUUGAGUGCUGCUUCUAGAGCCACAAGUUCUGAGCUCAAAUCGAUUUCUGACAUUAGCUGUGUGACCCUGGACAAAUCAUGUAACCUAUUACUGCCUCAGUUUUCUUCUUCAGUAGGAUGUGUACACCUACCUCUUACAGUUAAUGUUAGGACCAAAUGUGAUAUUACCUGUAAAAUGCUUUGUAAGUAUUAAAUCUCUAUUUAAACACUA